GAACGAAUGCUUGAGGAAUGGUUCUUUGAGUUUGGGACGGUCAUACCCAAUUCAACCAACACUUGGCAGAGCCUCAUUGAAGCGGCCCCGGAGUCCCAGAUGAUGCCAGCGCAGGUCCUAAGUGGUAAUGUUGUAAUAGAGACAAAAUUCUUCGACGAUGACCUUCUUGUGUCGACGUCAAAAGUGCGCCUCUACUACGUGUAGAAUGCACAACCGAGCCAGCGAGAGUUCCUAUAGGGGUAGGGAGGUUAAGCUGACUGGCAGACUGUAGAACUGAGACAGUCAUAUUCAGAAAUAGAAGAGAGAAGCAAAAGAGAAAUAAAUGAAAUGUAACUUGUUCUAGAUUUUUUUUUCUUUCUUUCUUGGGAAAGGUAAGAAACCUGUACAGAGGAUCUAAGCAAUUUGUAGCAUCAUUAUCAUUUUGAUACAACCUCUUUACAAAAAAAAAAGGAAAAGAAAGGAAAAGGACUGUGGGGAGGGGGGUUCUCACGGACAAUCUUACAUUUCCAAAAUGGCUCUCAGGCACUCCCUCUGGACCAAUGCUUGGAUGUCUGUGGCCUUUUCUUCUCAUAUUUUUUGAACCUGUGUAGUUGUUGUGGUUGACCUUCAUCAUGGCUGUAAGUUGCCUCCAGAUGAUUGGGGAUUCUGAUAUAUAUGUGGAUGUAUGUAUAUGUAUGUAAACAAUAAGUAAUAUUCUUUUUCACACAUUUCAUCUUCACUGUUGUUUUACAUGUUAUUCUGUUAUUUGUGAAUAAUGGUGUUUUGAGGAAAUAUAUAAAGUGGUGAAAAUAAUCUUAAAUUCAAUUCAGAAUGUCUAAAAUCUAAUUGUAUGAUUUAUGUAGGCUGCCUUUUUAAUGGAAUAUGGUGUUAGGUGGACAAGUGACUGCUACAGGUUCAACCGAAGUACUUGGUUGAUUCUGCUGAAGUUAGCUUGCUCUACUCUCCAGUCUGGCAAAGGUCUGGACUGAUGUGAAAAGUCUUGCUAAUUUCAAUUGUCAGCACUGAUGUAAAUGCUGACUUUAUUUUAUGAACUUGUGAGUGCAUGUGUGUAUUUCCAUACAGAUCACACACACACACACACACACGUGUGCUAUGAUACACUCCCUCACUCACUCCUUUAAAUUGUAUUUUGUUACCUUAUCAAAGAUUUGUAUGUAGUUCCUGCUCCUUAUUCCUCAUUCAUGAUGUAGUAGUAAUUAAACAAUAUGAUUUACUCAGUUGUGCUGAUUACUUCCAACAAUAAAGUGUAUGAAUAUAAUAAAA